AUGUCAACCCAAACCGCCUUCCUCGUUACCGAGAUCGGUCAGCCACUACUUAAAGCUUCCCGUCCAAUCCCAAAACCAAAGGAUGGGGAAGUCUUGGUCCAAGUUACUGUUGCAGGCCUGAAUCCACACGAUGCCAAAUGUCGUGACUGGGGUCUGUUCAUCAAAGAUGUCCUACCAACCGUGCUAGCCGCAGAUAUCGCUGGUGUUGUGACCCGCGUCGGUCAAAAUGUGACUCAGUUUAAGGAAGGAGAUCAUAUCUUCGGACAAGCCUUGCUGCCUAAUUCAGAUAGCGCAGGUCUUCAAGAAUAUGCAAUCCUCGAUGCAAGAUUCUCAGCCAAAGUUCCUUCGGGCUUCACUGAUGCUCAAGCGGCUUCGCUACCGACCAAUUAUGUGACUGCUGCAGUCGCCCUCUUUGAUAAAACCUGCCUAGGGCUCCCGGCGCCGUGGGAUUUUGCAGCGAAGAGCUUUGACUAUAAGUCGACUUCCUUGCUGAUUCUCGGAGGUGGUUCGAACUGCGGGAAAUAUGGUAUCCAGCUCGCUGAUUUGGCAGGUAUCGGAACCAUCAUCACCGUUGCCGGGUUGAGGGGCGCAGCGGACCUGAAAGCUCUAGGUGCUACUCAUGUUAUCGACAGAACCAAAAGCCCGGCAGAGAUUGCUGCAGAAGUGCGUGAAAUUACCAGAGAUAAUUUGAUCUAUGCAAUCGACAUGAUCAACCCACCUGAAAGCCAAUUCAUUGGCGUUGAAGCUUUGUCGAAUUCAAAGACUGGAAAGCUUGCUCGGUUGCUGCCAACUGGCCCGUUCGAUGAGACAAAGCUUUCUAAGAAGUCUGCGGGCUUUGAGGUUCUCAAUGUGUUCGGUUCAUCGAAUGGGAGACCCGAUACCGGGAUUCCACUAUGGGAGAGGGUAACUGGCUGGAUUGAACAGGGAAAGAUCAAGCCUCUGGGCUACCAGGCCGUUAGAUUUGAUCUAGAUGCGGUCAAUAAGACACUCGACGGGUAUUCGAACGGAAGUCUGAGUGGUCAGUGGCAAGUCCACGUUUAA